UCAGAGGUUAUCACUCAAUUCAUUAUCCCUUAAUAGUUUCGACCCAAAGGCGUUACCUUGCCCCAAGCACAUUUCAUUUGAAUCUGGUUCUUGUACUGUAAUUGCAGCUCGGAACCAAUUUAUUCAAACUAUCAAUAUCGCAGAGUCUCAA